AAAUAAAAAUCUUGUUUGAUUCCGUAAUCGCACUUUGCACGUUCUGAGUGCCCGGGCUAGUUCAGUGAGAAUAUUUGGAAUAAGUUGUGUUAAAUAGUUGAAAUAUCAUUAUUUACUGCAUUAUUCAAUGGCCUUACUCUGGACACGGCCGGGAAAACAGUGCUUAAGUGUGAUUGCCCAUAACCAACUUCCAGCGGUUGCAAAUUUUCGGUCGUUCAGAAUGACGGCCCGCCAGCGCUCUGAAAAGGUUUUGGAACACAUGAAGGAAUCGAAUCCCUACUUCGAGAAAUACUCACGGAAAAUCGCAGCCGUUCAGCAAAGUUCGCCGGAAGAGUUUUUGGCCAAACUGGAAAAGGUGGAGAAGGAAAGCAGUAAGCCGAAAUUUGGCCCUUCGGAACCGGCCCGUGACUAUUCCGGAUUAUUGAAGCCCAAAGCACCAUUGGCAAAGAAACCGCAGGAUGAUACGGCCCAGAAAAAGUUGGGAGACCUCAUGAAGCUGGACUUGAUUGAGCAACGUAGUCCAGAGGAAAUUCAGCAAAUUUGGCUCCAGUACCACCAGGGAAAGGAAGUUAUCUGUGCAACGGUUCCGCUGGAGAAAUACGACUUGAUGAUGGAACGAGCGAAAAAGUAUCCGAUGUUCAUUUUGCCAAUCCCGAGAAGCCAAGGAUAUGAAUUCAUAAUGUUGCAAUUUUUCGCAAAUACCAUCCAUUUCACUCCGUUGAUCAACUAUCAGGUGCACAAGGAAAACGCCCCCGAGUGUUUGAACAUCACCUUGUAUACAGAGCUACGUGAAAAGGGUCUGGUUCUGAUGCGAGGUGAAUACGAUACCAAAGUCAUCAACGGCCAGGAAGCGCAAUGUUUAGCCAACCAACUUCAAAUGUACUACAGCCAGCAAAGUGAAUCGAAGCUGGGACUGUUGGAAACGUUUACCAACAAACCGGAACAUUUCAAACACAUGGAUGUGAUCGAGGAACUGAACAAUUUAAAGAUUGGCGGUUAACAAUUGCCCUCAACAAAAAGCUAAUAGUAAAACUUUAUUGAAACCUCAAGUGGGUUAUAUA